AUGGCUGAGGCGGCGAGGCUGGGGCUGCUGGUCGGGGCGCUGCUCCGCCUCCUGUGCAGCCUGCCGGCGCCUGUGGCGAGCCACCCCAUGCCCGAGCCCUCUCUCCUGCUGCUGCCCGGCGAGGCGCUGCUGGUUUCCAAUCGCGGCGUGCGGGUGCCCUUCGGCCGCUCCGUCUGGCUCGACCCCGCGCGGGACCUGUCCAUCCGGGUGCGGGACGGGGAGCGGUGCUUCCUGCGGGCGCUGGAGAGCGGCCCGGCGCCCCACCGCCCCGGCGCGCUCUCCCCGUCGCGCUUCCCCUGCGCCUUCGGGCCCCGCCAGGUCAGCUACACGCACUUCGGGGCGCGGAGCCCCGGGCGGCACAGGCUCAGCCUCCAGCUGCGCUACGACACGCCGGAGCGGACCCUGGUGGCGCCCUUCAGCCUGGAGGUGGAGGUGCUCGCCCAGCAGCUGCGCCUCCUCAGCCGCAACCUGCCCCUCAGUGUGGAGACGCUCCGCGGACGCAGCCCGCCCUUAGACGCCAAAGUGCUGGCCUUCGCCGACGUCGGAGAGCUCCCCUGCCGCCUCACGGCUUUGCCUCACCCGCAGAGCUAUCUCCCUGCCUAUGGGCGCCUGGUGGACUCCGAGGGGCGCCCCCUGCCCGCCGGGUACAGCAACGACUGCCAGAAGUUCCUCCUGGACGGCAUCCGCUACGAGCACACCGCCCUCACCGCUUCCCCCAACCGCGACUACAUCCCCAUGCUGGUCCAGGUGGGCCCACAGGAUGGCCAAGCCCUUUCCUCCUCCUUUGAGGAGAGCCAAGGUGAGCAGGAGUACUUCCAGGUUGUGGUCCGCAUCCGCGAAGGGGCCGAGAACACCCCUCCCAAGCCCAGCUUCGUGGCGCUGCUGAUGAUGGAGGUGGACCAGUUUGUGCUCACCGCCAUCACCCCCGACAUGCUGGCCGCCGAGGACCUGGAGAGCCCCUCGGACCUGCUGCUCUUCAAUCUCACCUCGCCUUGGCCGGCUACGGAGGAGGAGGGGGAACGUGGCCAGCAGGGGUAUUUGAUCAGCACCGACGACCCCGGCCGGCCCCUCACCUCCUUCACCCAACAAGAGGUCCGGGAACUGAAAAUCGCCUACCAGCCGCCCACUUUAGACUCCGACCAGGAGCGCCUCUUCCAGCUGGAGAUGGAAGUCUUGGAUCUUGAGGGGGCCUCCUCGGAGCCCUUUGCCUUUGUGGUGGUGGUGAAACCCAUGAACACGUUGGCACCAGUGGCAGUCUUUAACCGGGUGGCUGGUCCCCAAAUGAUGCUUUUCGAAGGACAGUCGAGGCCGCUUUCUGGCAAUCUUGAGAUCAGCGAUGAGGACAACCUGGAUGAGGUGAAGGUCUGGGUGACGAGGGGCCUGAAACACGGAGAGCUCCGGGUGUUGGGUGCCUUGCCUGGCCGCCAGUUUUUUACCCCAGCCGAGCUGAAAGCGGGACAGGUCAUCUACCAACAUGAUGGCAGCGAGCACAGCUACAGCGACAACAUUGUCUUCCGAAUGGGAGAUGGGCGACACCAGGUGGAGUUUCUUUAUCCAAUCACAAUAGCCCCUGAGGAUGACCAGCCGCCUCUCCUCAAUGCCAACACUGGAUUGGUCCUAAGUGAGCAUCAGGUGGUCCAAAUCUCCCCUUUUGUCCUCAGUGCUACAGACAUUGACUCUGAGGAUGCAACCAUUCGAUUUGUGCUCAAAGAGAUUGAAGGAUCUGCAGAUCAACGUCUUGGUGUUCUCUUGCUGAGACAAGCAGAAACUCCAUCCUCCUAUGAAAAAGAGGAUGUGGAGGAAGAUCUUGUUGCUUCAUCCAUCUGGCGCUUUCUGGCAAGUGAAGAAGUGUAUGAGAAAGAGGUGACUGAGUGGUUGCAACAAGAUAUCCUGGAUGGAAAGUUGUUCUAUAGGCACACAGGGCCUCAUAGCACUAAACUAGUGGUGGAUGAAUUCACAUUCUAUCUCCAGGAUGACAAUGAUCCUCCAAAUCAGUCUGGAGAGCAGGUGUUCCUCAUCAAGAUCCAGCCUGUUGACAAUCUGCCUCCAGAACUGUACCCAGGUACCACCUUGCAGAUGACAGUCCUUGAGUAUCAGGUCACCCACUUUAGGAAACAUUAUUUGCGUUAUACUGAUCUGGAUACGGAGGACAGGGAGCUGAGAUACACUGUACUCACACCACCAACAGACACAGAUGAAAAUCACCCUGUGGUGGCUGGACAGAUUGUGCUUACUGACAAUCCUUUGGUAGCCAUUACACAAUUCACUCAAGCACAAAUAAAUCAUCACAAGGUGGCCUAUAAGCCACCAGACCAAGAGCUUGGUAUCACCCCCAGAGUGGUGCAGUUCACAUACAGUGUAGAAGACACAGGAGGUAAUUCUGCCUUGGGCAUCUUCACCUUGUUCCUGCAACCAGUGGAUAAUCAGCCCCCACAGAUUACCAAUGCUGGUUUUACUGUAUUUGAAGGAGGUAGCUUCCUUCUCACCAACAGUCAGCUAGAUGCCACUGAUAAGGAUACAGACAGUGAUCGGAUUGUAUUCACUCUAAUGGAGGCUCCACAGCAUGGCCACCUGCGCUACUUGGAGGAGGGAGUGAUGGUGCAAGGCGAAUCUUUCUUAUUAGAUGACAUUGUAAAUGGUCGCCUAUCCUACCAGCAUAGUGGUGAUGAAUUCACAAGUGAUUCCUUCCAGUUGGAAGUCAGCGAUGGGGUGCAUCAAGUUCCAAUCACUGUUAAAAUUGCUGUUCAGCCAGUGGAUGAUGAACGGCCCAGCAUCACCAUCCCUGGUCGUAAUGGACUUUUGGGGGCCUUUAUUGAUGUGCUCGAAAAUAGUGCCACUGAGAUAACAAAUUCUCUUAUUCAGGGGACAGAUGAGGAUACCGAUGAACUAGCACUGACUUUCAUUGUAAAAGAUCCACCCAAGUUGGGUGAUAUCUUAGUGGAUGGGGUACCUUCUAGGAAGUUCACCCAGCAAGACCUUAUUAGUGGAACAGUAGUUUAUGCUCAUAGUGGUGGUGAGAUUGGUUUGAAAAAAAAGUCUGAUUUCUUUAAUCUUACUAUCUCAGAUCUCUCCAGUGAUUGGGUGGUGGGAGGCAGCAGCGUGGAAGGAGUGCGUGUAACUGUGACUAUUUUGCCAGUAGACAACAUUGCUCCUGAGGUUAUGGUGGGGGAAGAACCAUUUACUGCUUACGAGGGAGGGAAAAGUGUGCUAAACCUAAAUUUGCUGGAUGUAGAGGAUGUAGAUACCCCCAGGGAUGACAUCUUAUGUACCAUUGUAGUUCAGUCUACUUCUGGGUACCUAGAGAAUAUCUCUCCAGCCCCUGGAUCUGAAAAAUCCAGGGCUGGGACUGCCAUCAGUGCCUUUUCUAUCAAGGAUGUUCGGCUUGGUCACAUCAACUAUGUGCAGAGCAUCCAUAAGGGAGUAGAACCUGUAGAAGAUAGAUUCACUUUCCAGUGUUCUGAUGGCAUCAACAUCUCACCACAUCACUUUUUUCCCAUUGUCAUCAUCCCAACCAAUGAUGAGAAACCAGACCUAUAUGUUCGUGAGUUUGUGGUACUAGAGGGAAUGAGUUUAGUGAUUGACACUCCCAUUCUCAAUGGUGCUGAUGCUGAUAUUCCCCCAGAUGAGUUGCAUUUCUUCAUAACUGUUCCUCCUAAACAUGGGCAGAUUGUUAACCAACUACCCACUGGCACAGUGUUGGUACGCAAUUUCACUCUGGAAGAAAUCCGUGAAGCCUCCAGCAUUGUGUAUGAGCAUGAUGACUCAGAAACAAAAGAGGAUACUUUCAGAAUCCAGUUGACUGAUGGCCUACACACAGUGGAGCAAGAAGUUUUAAUUAUGGUCAUUUUGGUAGAUGAUGAGACACCUAGAUUGUCUAUCAAUGAUGGUUUAGAUGUGGAAGUAGGUGAGUCUAAAAUUAUCACUAACCGGGAACUCAAGGCUACUGAUAUAGAUUCAGAAGACAAAACACUUAUGUAUAUUAUUCGUUUUGUACCGAGGCAAGGUCUACUGCAGCGCAUAAACAAAGAAGGAGAAGUGUUAGGCAAUAUCACACUAGGCAUGAAUUUCACACAGAAUGACAUAGACCAAGGUUUUAUCCACUAUAUUCACACAGGCCGGCAGGGAGUCCGUGACUUGGUUAAGUUUGAUGUCACUGAUGGCAUUAAUCCUUUGAUAGAUAGGUAUUUCUACAUUACUAUUAGUGGUAUUGAUAUGGUCUUUCCUGAGGUGAUCAAUAAAGGGGUGACUCUGAAAGAAGGUGGGAAAGUGACACUCACUACUGACCUGCUGAGUACAAGUGACAUUAACAGCCCGGAUGAGCUUCUCCAGUUCAGUAUCACUCGCGCCCCAAUUAGAGGUCAUUUGGAGAACUCUGACCGCCCUGGAGUUCCUGUCACUACCUUUACUCAGCUUCAGCUCGCUGGAAACAAGAUUUAUUACAUCCACACUGCAGACGAUGAGGUGAAGAUGGAUAGUUUUGAGUUUGAAGUGACAGAUGGCUACAAUCCAGUCUUCCGUACUUUCAGGGUAUCCAUUACUGAUGUGGACAAUAAGAAGCCAAUUCUGACCAUCCAUGACUUGACAAUUCAGGAAGGGGACACCAAACUGAUCACUCCAUUUGAGCUGAAUGUUGAGGAUCGGGACACACCUGACCACCUCCUCCGUUUCAUAAUAACCCAAGUCCCAGUGCAUGGCCAGAUUAUUUACAAUAACAGUUACUCUGUGACCAGUUUUACUAAACAAGAUCUGAAUGAGAACAUGAUCAACUACAGACACGAUGGUACAGAAACUAAUCAAGACAGUUUUUCUUUCACUAUUACUGAUGGAACUCAUUCAGACUUCUAUGUUUUUCCUGAUACUAUCCUUGAAACACAUCAACCACAGACAAUGAAGAUCCAGAUCCAUUCCCUGGACAAUGGUGUGCCGCAGAUAGUAGUGAAUAAGGGCACUGUGACCCUGAGAAAUAUUCCAACUGGACACCUAGGCUUCUUAAUUACCAGCAAAUAUUUGAAGGCAGAGGACAGAGAUAGUCCAUACAAAGUGUUGAAGUUCAAGAUCACAGAUGGGCCAAGGCACGGGCUUAUCAUCAAUACAGCUCUGGGAAACGGAAGUAUUAAAGCAUUCACCCAAGCUGAAAUUGAUGACAUGAAGAUCUGCUACGUCUUGAAGCAAGGUGAAAAUGCAACUAGUGAUAUCUUCCACUUCUCAGUUGAAGACAGUGGAGGAAACAAGCUGAAGAGCCAGCCUUUCCGUUUGAACUGGGCAUGGAUUUCUUUAGAAAAAGAAUAUUAUAUUGUAGAUGAAGAUUCCAGGGUCCUGGAGGUGACUCUCAAACGCAGAGGAUACCUGGGGGAAACCUCGUUCAUAAGCAUUGGAACGAAAGAUGGCACAGCAGAAAAGGAUAAAGAUUUCAAAGGGAAAGCUCAGAAACAGGUUCAGUUCAAUCCUGGACAAACCAUGGCCACCUGGAAAGUAAGAAUAAUAGUAGAUAAUGAAUAUGAGGAGUCAGAGGUUUUCCAGAUUAUUUUAUCAGAUCCUGUUAUGGCUGCCCUGGAAUUUCCAGAUAGAGCAACAGUGGAAAUUGUGGAUCCAGGUGACGAAUCUACUGUAUAUAUUCCUGGGUCAGAAUAUAGAAUAGAGGAAGAUGUUGGUGAGCUGCUAAUUCCUAUCAGAAGAUCAGGAGAUGUCAGCCAUGAAUUAAUGGUCAUUUGUUCCACUCAUCAAGGAUCUGCCACUGGUACAGUUCCUUCCACUGUCUUGUCUUAUUCUGACUAUAUUUCUCGUCCUGAAGACCACACAAGCCUCAUUCGUUUUGAUAAGGACGAGACGGAGAAGAGCUGCCGUGUCAUCAUCAUUGAUGAUUCGCUUUAUGAGGAAGAUGAAACUUUCAAUGUCACAUUAAGUAUGGCGAUGGGUGGGCAGAUCGGAACAGAAUUCCCCACCACCAAAGUAACAAUUUUAGCUGACACAGAUGAUGAGCCUGCUUUUUACUUUGGUGACACUGAAUAUCAUGUAGCUGAAAGUGCUGGAUAUGUAGAAGUUCACGUUUGGAGAACUGGGACCGACCUGUCCAAAGCAGCCACUGUGACCGUGCGUUCCAGGAAAACGGAACCAUUGUCUGCAGAAGCUGGAGUUGAUUAUGUUGGCAUCAGCCGCAACCUGGAUUUUGCUCCUGGUGUAAAUAUGCAGACUUUCCGUGUGACCAUUUUGGAUGAUUUAGGACAGCCAGUCCUUGAAGGUCCAGAAAAAUUUGAACUCGUUCUUCGCAUGCCUAUGAAUGCAGUGCUUGGGGAGCCAAGCAAAACUACCAUUUUCAUCAAUGAUACCAUCACAGACUUACCCAAAGUCCAAUUUAAGGAACCGCUCUACACAGUCAAUGAAAAAGAUGGGCUUGUUUCAGCUAUAAUUUAUCGUAGUGGUGAUGUUAAUCAUAAAUCAACAGUCCGCUGCUAUACACGCCAGGGCUCUGCUCAGGUUAUGAUGGACUAUGAAGAGAGACCAAACACAGAUGAUUCUGUAGUGGUGUUCCUUUCAGGAGACACUGAGAAAUCCUGUAAAGUGGUUCUGGAAGAUGAUGCCAUCUAUGAAGAGGAGGAAGAAUUCAGGCUAGUGCUAGGAACGCCAAAAGGUUCUUCUGUAUUUGGCGCGUCUCUUGGGGAACAAAAGGAAACUUUGGUGAAGAUUAAAGAUGAAGAAGACAGACCAGUGAUUAAAUUCUCCGAAAUCAAAUACAGCAUUCAAGAACCUCAAGAACCUGGUGAGAUUGCAGUUGUAAAGAUCCCUGUCUUUCGUCUUGGGGACAGUUCCAAAGUUUCUAUUGUAAGAAUCCAUACCAAAGAUGGUUCAGCUACAUCUGGAGAAGAUUAUAAUCCAAUGUCCGAUGAUAUUGAAUUCAAAGAAGGGGAAACAGAACACUUCAUUGAGGUUGAAGUUUUAUAUGAUGGAGUGAGAGAAAUGCGUGAAGCAUUUACAGUACACUUGAAACCUGAUGAGAAUAUGGUAGCUGAGACACAGACGAACAAAGCUAUUGUGUACAUUGAGGAAAUGGACAGUGUGGCAGAUGUGACUUUUCCAGCUGUGCCCCAGGUUGUGUCUCUCUUGUUGUAUGAUGACACUGCUAAAAGCAAAGCAAAUCCUCAGCCUCCCACAGGAUACCCUGUUAUGUGUGUAACGGCAUGCAAUCCCAAAUAUUCAGAUUAUGACAAGACUGGAUCUAUUUGUGCUGCUGAAAACAUCAAUGACACCUUGACUUUGUAUCGCUGGCUUGUCAGUGCUCCGAGCGGCUCGGAUGGGGUGACCAGCCCGAUGCGUGAGGUGGACUCCAACACUUUCUUCACCAAUACUAAGUCAAUUGCCUUGGACUCUAUAUACUUCCAGGCAGGUUCAAGGGUCCAGUGUGCUGCACGGGCCGUCAAUGCCAAUGGAGAUAUGGGUUUAGAAUUGCAGAGUCCGAUUUACACAGUAAACAGAGAUGAAGGUUUGUGUCAACCACGUAUACCAGGAACAGUUGGAGCAGAGCCUUUCUCAGCCAAAAUACGGUAUACAGGUCCUGAUGACCCUGACUAUCCCAAUUUGAUCAAGUUAAUAGUUACAAUGCCACAUAUGGAUGGGAUGCUCCCAGUUGUCUCAACAAGACCUUUGUCCAAUUUUGAGUUGACUCUUAGUCCAGAUGGCACUCGUGUAGGCAAUCACAAAUGCUCCAACCUCUUGGAUUAUAAUGAGAUUGAGACAAAGUACGGAUUCAUCACAGAUAAUGUCAAAAACCCAGAAGUCAUUGGUGAAACCUCACCGUACCAGUAUAGCAGUGCAUUGCGCACUGCUAAGACUUUGCGCUUUUAUCGUAAUCUCAACCUGGAUGCCUGCCUAUGGGAGUUCAACAGCUAUUAUGACAUGUCAGAAUUGCUGACAGACUGCAGUGGCUCCAUUGGCACAGACGGUCAGGUGCUGAAUCUUGUUCAAUCCUAUGUGACUCUACGGGUACCCCUCUAUGUCUCCUAUGUCUUCCACUCACCUGCUGCUGUUGGGGGCUGGCAACACUUUGACCUGCAGUCCGAACUGAAGCUGACCUUUGUGUAUGAUACUGCCAUCCUAUGGAAGGAUGGCAUAGGAAGCCCCCCGGAAGCAGAACUACAAGGCUCCUUAUACCCAACCAGCAUGCAGAUCAAUGAAGAAGGAAGAUUGGUGGUCUAUUUCAGAACCGAAAUCCGAUUCAGAGGGCAAUUUGUAAUGUCCCAUCCAGGAACAUCUCUGUCAUCCAUGGUGAUGUCUGCUGAUCAUCCUGGUCUGACAUUCACACUUAGCCUUUCACAGAAUGAGCGGACCUUCCACCAACCUAUGCAGCAAUGGAAAUUUGUCUCAGAUUUUGCUGUACGUGACUAUUCUGGUACUUACACCGUGAAACUUAUCCCCUGUAUUGCCGCACCCAGCCAAGAAUAUACCUUGCCUGUCAUCUGUAGCCCACGGGAGCCAAUCACCUUUGAUCUAGAUAUCAGGUUCCAGCAGGUCAGUGACCCAGUAGCAGCUGAAUUUAAUCUCAAUACCCAAAUGUUCCUCUUGUCCAAAAAGGACCUCUGGCUGUCUGAUGGCUCCAUGGGAUUUGGAGAAGGAACUGAUGUUGCAUUCACAGAAGGCUCUGAGAUCUAUGGUCGGGUGAUGGUGGAUCCUGUUCAGAAUUUAGGAGAAUCUUUUAUUUGCAACAUUGAGAAGGUGUUUCUGUGCACUGGGGCUGAUGGGUAUGUUCCCAAGUACAAUCCAGAUAACAGAGAAUAUGGUUGCCUGGCUGACUCGCCUUCCUUAUUGUACAGAUUCAAGAUUUUGGAUAAAGCUCAACCUGAUACCCAGGCGAAAGUAUUUGGAAAUAUGCCCUUUAAUGCUAAACUUGCAGCCGAUCAUGUCGAUGGUUUCCCUUUAAUAAAGCAAUCUGGUUCCGAUGGAUUCAGCUUGUUGUCGACUCCACUAUUCCAGGUAGCAGCCGGUCGAGAGUGGUACAUUCACGCCAUUUACAUGGUCCGAUCCCGUGACAAUGCUCACAGAGGCCUUGGAAAGCGAAGUGCUGAGCUCCACAGUGUUUUAUCUUCAGCGAAUAGGAUUUCUGGCACUCCGCGUGUUGGACGUGCUCGGAGAGCUAUCUCGGACGCUCCUGCUCUUGCCCAAGACAUCGGUGUAGACAAGAAUAGAGGCACCAACAUCCAACAUAUUGCUCUUGAUCGAUCUAACAAAAUUGUUAUCAGGCCAAACGAUAAGUCCCAAGAAGGUAAGCCUUAUGAAAAGCCAAUCUUGGAGAUCACAGGAAGUGAUGCAGAGGACAAGAUUGUCCCCAUUAUUGGAGGGGCAGCUGGCCUGCUGCUUCUUUGUUGCACUGUUCUGAUUAUCAUCUUGCUUCUGAAGCGAAGGGGACAGUCUACUGACAGGAAAGCAGAUUCAUGCAUCAACUAUUCUAACAGCAACGAAACUGUGACCACACAGCACAGCAAUGGUGACAGCUCUGAGGUCUAAUUUUACUGCAAAGCUGAGGGUUGUCCUUUGAAGAUACUCUGGUUCAUCACAGAAACCAGUAUCGAGGGGGCUGAAUUUGCACAGACUUGGAACUGGCUGCUGCAAUUUUGGUGCUAGGUGGUGUGUGAUUCCAGCAUAUGAAAAGUAUAGCAAAUAUGAUGAAGUAUAUAUAAGUGUGAGUGGCUUAUUUAUAACUCUCCUCUCUUUCCCCCAGGAGCACACAACAACCUCCUGGAAUAAAAUGUUCAUUAAACCUAGGGGUGCCCUCCCCCCCCCCCCCCCGAAAUGGUGCUCAAAAUAUCAUCAGCUAUCAGCUAUAAAUGUGCCUUAUCUACUAUCGUGAAAGCCUGGUGCUCUUCAAAGGAUUAUUGAUUUCCUUUCCUUUUGGCUUGUAUAGUGCCUAGAGUUGUGCCCUUCUUGAGUAUGAAAAGGUUGGGGGUGCCAGAAAUGGAGAGGGGUCAGAUUAUAACCUGAUAGAGUAGAAAUAUCUGUAAUUAGAUCUCGGAGUAGAAUACUAUCUUGCGUGGAUGAGAGAAAUACUGCACUGGAAAAAGCUUAUUUAAAGAGUACUUCUUGAGUGUUUUAACUAUAGGUAUUAGGAAUGUACCUUAACAGACUACUCUAAAGCUGAUGUAUAUUGUGCCUUUCAUGAGAAACCUAAUAAUUAUUACACAGCCCUUGGUUUUGUCUGUUCAGUUAGUAAAAAUUUGCUGUUUAUGGUUAGUUUUAUUUCAGACACCUCUCUGCUAAGGGAGAUUGGCAAAUACUGUAAGAUAUUGUGAAUAACUUAAGACAUUAAUUUCCUGUCAUUUGUUUUCUGAUACAUUGAGCAUUUAGGUCACACAAACAGUUCUUAUACAGCGAAGCAGCACUAGUAAAUUCUAAGCCAAAUGCAUUUGGAAUCGUUUUUAUCAAAUACUUGGCAAAACAUUGCUUUUAGGAACCGGUAUCAAUGUGACAAAAAUAGACAGGCAUUUUUCUACGUCACACUGUUGUUUGAAAGGGCAGGCUUUUCUCUGUGCCAGGUAAGCCCAUUGCUUUGAUAACAUUUAUCAUAAUAUUUCUCAAUGUUUUGUUUGCUUCUCACUUUCAAACAAUCUGAAACGUACAUUAAGACUUCUUCAUCUUCAUUUAGAGGAAGCUUUUAUGAACCUUUGGAUCUGUGGAUAAUUUUGCUCAACCUUACAGUGUUUUUUAUUCAAAUGUGCUCUACUCAUAGAAGCUCCUACAGAGCUGCAGCCAUUACAGCAGACUCUUGUGCACCAUUUCUCAGACGUCAAUUAGAUUUCAUUGGGAAUUAUUCCUUGAUAUUUUUAAUUUUGUAGACCAAGAGUUUCACCAGCUCAUUUAUUACAUAAAGCCUAUUGAUCAGUUAGGUAAGUAGGUCCAAAAUUCAUUGAACAACAGAUUUUUAAUUACUUUUAAGUGCUCAUGUUUUUUUUAAAAAAAACACAAUAGAAAUUGUUGGCAUUCCUUUUCACUCAUAAAGAAGAGAUGACAGGAGCCAUAAAAAUACCAAAAUGCCCUUAUAUGCAUUCAGAAGUUAUGUGAGCGUUUUGGGUUUCAGAAAAGCCUCUCCUGCGGCUAAAUUGGCCUAUAUGGCUUGUAAGAUGCAGUGGAAAUGUGCCCCUCAUCUCUGGGCAUCAUAGUGCAUUUGGGGAAGACAAAUAUGUAUUUGAAAAUUUUGGCAAUUUUUUUUACCCCUAUGUGCUCCGGGAAACUCCAAACAUGCUGGAAAUACCCUCCACACUCCUUAAGAAUUUAUUUGGGACAUUCCGAGAGCCAUAUGCUGCACUUUGCCCAUCCAUGCUUUAAAAUAACAACUGAGUCUUCACAUGUCCAAGUUUCUGUUGUGGCUCAAGUCUACCUCCAAAAGUCAUGCUGCACGAGACUGUUUUAUGUGACUUCCUCUAAAUAAGGUGCAUAUGUACUUUCAAUUAAGCUAGUGCUACUCUUACGCACAAGGCAAAACCAGUUAACCCAAAAAGCUCUACCAGCCCAUUAUAAUGUACAUUGAAGUUGCUGGAAGUCUUCUUCAGCAGCCCAAUACAAGCAUUCCUUCAUUACCUCUCCCUAAAGUGUGGUCUUGCUCUUUUUGAACAGCUGUUGCCUAUAAUUUAUGGGACUGAAGAUAAACUGUCAGUUAUACAAGUUACACUGUUGUAUAUUUAUGCAAUUUACAUAUCCUACAUGUUUCAAGGUAUGAGUAAGGCAGGUUCAACCAAUCACUGAAGAAAGCACUGAAAUGCUGUCAUUGAACUGUACUAUGUUAAACAUGUUCUGUAAUUGUAACCUGUUCCUUUUUAUUGUUAAAUUGCCAAAAUUUUAGUUAUUUUAUAAAAAAAAUUUCUUUCAUA